UUCCUCACCAGUCACCAUUGGCAUCAUAAAAAAUCCAAGGAAAAAUGAAAGAUUAUACUAGUAAACGAGAAUUAACAAUGCCAAUAUGAUUAUCCCAACCCAACUGUAAAGCAAACCCACAUUGGAUACUGAUGCAGACAUGAAGAUCCAUACCUAUUUGCUUUCCUUCCUGCCCUCCUGCAUCCAAAGCUACUAACACUAAAGACCCAGAAACACAAACCAACCCGCCAUGCCUUCGAGACCCCUAUCUCCAACUCCUAGCUCUCCAGGGCCAAGUUUCUUCACCAAAACUAGGGUCUUGUUCUUGACCCUCACCAUCUCAGCUUCUGUUGUUAUAUUGGUCUCAAUCUUCUACUUUCUUUAUCAUAUCUGGCACUCCCUUGUGCACAGAGCGAAAACCAUUCCCUUUGACUCCAGCGCUCCUCUUAAGCUCCAGAGAUUCUCAUACAGAGAGCUAAAGCAGGCCACAAAUGGCUUUGACACUGCCAAUAUCAUUGGCAAAGGCGGGUCAGGUACCGUGUUUAGAGGAAUUCUAAGAGAUGGAAAACUCAUUGCUAUUAAGCGUUUGGACGCUCUUUCUCUGCAGACGGAGAGAGAGUUUCAAAAUGAGUUGCAGAUUCUUGGUGGCCUACGGUCGCCAUUCUUGGUCGCGCUUUUGGGUUACUGUGUUGAAAAGAGCAAGAGAGUGUUGGUGUACGAGUAUAUUCCCAACAACAGCCUGCAAGAAUCGCUUUUUGGAGAUGGGUUUUUUAGUUUGAGUUGGGAAAGGAGGUUUGACAUAAUCUUGGACGUUACUAAAGCUCUAGAAUUCUUGCAUCUUGGAUGCGAUCCACCGGUGAUUCACGGGGAUAUUAAACCCAGCAAUAUUUUGCUCGAUUCAGAGUACCGGGCAAGGAUUUCCGAUUUCGGGUUGUCAAGGAUUAAGGUGGAGGGUGAGUUUGGGGUGGAUUUGUUUAGCCAGGACUUGGGGAAGAGUCAGGAGCUGUGGAAAAGCCAAGAGCUUUCAGGGAAUUUGGCCGCGGAGACUCCAGCAAUCGGUACUCCGGUGGAGAGUGCUCAUGAGGUAGAUUUUGCUCUUGCUUUACAGGCCUCUACUUCAUCCAAAAAUAGUAGGAUAUCUUAUAGUGUUAGAGCAUUGAACACGAAUUCUUUCAAUUAUAAUGCUAACAUGGCGAGUGAGAAUGAUGGCAAGACUAGUAGUGCAAAGGGGAAGGAGGUUUCGGUUGUAGACGUGGGUGGGGAUGAUUGGAAUAAUAGGUUUGUGCCUUAUGAUGACGAGUUCUCCAGCAUUGAUCACAGUAAGGAGUUGAAUUUCAAUGCAUCUUCGGCUGUUGACGAGGAUGUGGAUACAAAACAGUGGGGAAAGAAUUGGUGGUGGAAGCAGGAUGGGAGUGGUGAAUUGUGUAGUAAGGAUUAUGUGAUGGAAUGGAUAGGGAGCCAGAUUUGCCCCUCUUCAAAUCCUGAUUGGGAUGAAGAAAAGAAGAGUGCUCCUGAGCAAAAUAACUUGGAUAAUUCAACACCAUUAGAUAAAUUAGAAGACCUGAAUGAAGCCCAACCACAAGAAAUUGGAUAUGAAAACCUCAAUACAGGGCAUGAGAAGAAAGAGUCAAGGGGCAAGAAAAAUCGUAAGAAGAAACAGAGAAAGAUGCAAGAGUGGUGGAAAGAAGAGCAUCUUGCUGAAAUUAGCAAGAAGGGUAGUAAGCUUAAAAGGCUUGAAACCAAGUGGAGGGCUGGCUUCAAAAUGCCACAUUUUGGUUUGGGAAGACGUUUUCGCUUUCGCAGACGAAAGAACUUUGGGGAGCAGAAUCGGAAUGAGUGUGAUUUAAAUGGGGAGUUCAGUUUUAGAAGGGGAUGGAAGAAAAAGAGUACCCGGUCUAUUGGUAGUGACAUGUGGAGUGGAGAUCUUUUUAGCCGCGAGCUCAGCAGUACCACAAGUAUGAGAGGGACUUUGUGCUAUGUCGCACCGGAAUAUGGUGGCUGUGGGUACUUAAUGGAGAAGGGUGAUAUUUACAGUCUAGGGGUUUUGAUACUUGUGAUUGUAUCUGGUCGAAGGCCAUUACAUGUUCUUGCCUCCCCUAUGAAGCUUGAGCAAGCAAACUUGAUAAGCUGGUGUCGGCACUUAGCUCAAGCUGGAAACAUUUUAGAACUUGUGGAUGAGAGGUUAAAAGAUGAUUAUAAUAAGGACCAGGUAACCUUGUGUAUUAACCUGGCACUCGCCUGCUUACAGAAAUUGCCGGAGCUGCGGCCAGAUAUUGGGGAAAUUGUAAAGAUAUUGAAAGGGGAGAUGGAUCUCCCACCCCUUCCACUUGAGUUCUCUCCCUCCCCAUCUUCCAAAUUAUACAGCAGGUCAAGAAGAAAACAAAAAGCCAAUGCAGAGUAGUAUUUGGAUCAGAAAGUUCGUUUAAUUUUCUUUACCUUGUAAUGUUGGGGUGAUGCUGAGUGUAAUAUACAGGAGUGAUGAUUUGUAGCUGUUAUCAGAGAACAGUCUCAGGGAAUUGAAGGUGUGUGUACUGUGAGAAUUGUUUGUAUAUGUACAUUAGA